UUUCUUACCCUUCCAAUCUGACAGCUUUUUCCAAUCUGUUCCAUUUUGAAACCAAACUCAGACCAUUUGAUCUCAAAAGUGAAAACUGCUUCCAAUUUUUCAAAUCUGAAUCUCUAAUUCCCCCCUCCCGUUUUCCCCUUCGGAUCGCCUUCCCUUCCGUCCUCUCCUCCGCCCGUCCAUGGCGGCUCCGGCUGACCGGCUCCGCCCUGUCGUCAAGUUUUCCGGCCAAGGGAUUCGUUUUGACGAGGAUGAUUCCACCGAGACUCGCCCUCUGCUUUCCAGGAUGCUCACUUAUCCGAUUGGGAUUUUCCACCACCAGUUGCGCCGCCGUCUCGGCGUUGGAAAGCCCCAAGUGCUACGGCGUCAGCAGUCUUUUAGUCGAGAUUUUGGCCAUGCAGCUGCGGAAACCUUUCUCAUUACUCGCCUGAGCUUCACUCUCCUUCGAUCUCUUGGGGUAGGGUACCGGUGGGUCGUACGAUUAACUGCACUUGCAGUAUAUGCCAUCCUUCUUAUGCCCGGUUUUCUUCAAGUUAUGUAUGAUUAUUACUUCUCAAGUCAGGUUCGGAGAGAUAUUAUUUAUGGAACUCAACCGAGAAAUAGCUUGGAUUUGUAUCUACCUACAAAUACUGAUAAAAAGAAACCAGUUGUAAUAUUUGUUAGCGGUGGAGCUUGGAUUAUUGGGAAUAAAGCAUGGGGAGCACUUUUAGGACUGCAGUUGGCAGAGAGAGACGUCAUUGUAGCCUCCAUUGACUAUAGAAACUUUCCUCAGGGUACAAUCAGUGACAUGGUGAAAGAUGUUUCUCAAGGGAUUUCAUUUGUAUGCCAGAAUAUAGCAGACUAUGGAGGAGAUCUGGACAGAAUCUUUCUGAUGGGACAAUCAGCUGGUGCACAUAUUUCUGUUUGUGCCCUCUUGAAUCAAGCAAUCAACGAAGCCAGAAAAGGAGAGAGUGUAGAUUGGAGCGUCUCCCAAAUAAAAGCUUAUUUUGGUUUAUCUGGAGGGUAUAACUUGUUGAAACUAGUUGAUCACUUUGAUAGUAGGGGUCUAUAUCGUUCUGUCUUUUUGAGCAUAAUGGAAGGUGAAGAAUCUUUGUCCCAGUUUUCCCCGGAAAUAAGAAUCCAAGAUCCUAGUGUUAGUGAUGUUGUUUCCAGUUUACCUCCUUUUGUUCUUUUCCACGGCACGGGUGAUUAUUCAAUCCCAUUUGGUGCCAGUGAAACUUUCACGGAGACACUUCGGAAAGCAGGGGCACAAGCUGACUUAUUUCUCUAUGAGGGAAAAACUCACACAGAUUUGUUCCUUCAAGAUCCAUUUCGUGGAGGCAAUUAUGAACUUUUUGAUCAAAUAGUUGCCAUAUUACAUGCUGGUGACGAGGAAGCUCUUGCAAAGGAUUCUAUGGCACCACCAAAACCGCGCCUUGUUCCAGAGGUAUUGAUAAGAUUGGCACGAAUGGUUAGCCCUUUCUGAAUCCUUCCUCCAUUGUCUUUCAGCUUUUCACAAACAAAUGACCAAUUUCUAUGGGGUAAUAUCUGUGAAUAUUACCACUGUAUUCACUUUGUGUGUUGGAUAUCCCGAUGUAUCAUUGUAAAUUGGUUUAGAAGCUCUUGAAUCCAGCUAUUGCUGGAGAGUAUUCAAAACUUCUAUUCGUUGUAGCAUCAUGGAUAUUUGUAGUGCCUAUUGUUGGUUUAGAAUUAGCAAUCCUAAGAUUGCCCAUUGAUUAUGUAUUAUUGUUUGUUUUAACAUACUUAGCUAUAUAAUAUUUACCGAUUCGUUUA